GUCAGUCACAGACAAACACUCGUGCCGUUCGGCCGUCUCUUUCACAGUGCUGCUCGCUAAAUACAUACCCGCGGUAGUAUAUCAGUUCAGUUUGUUAGGUGCAACGGGAUCAACGCGCGUGGAGGAGCUUCUGUCGCGAUUACACAUUCUGCAGAAACGGGCCUGCUGUAUACAAAAUAGCAGGGCGAGUGAGCGAGCAAGAAGUUGACGCCAUUUUAUGUUUUUGCGCUUACACGCACCAAGACGAGGGAUCGCCGUCCGUCAGUGAGUUUGAGUUGGUGUUCUGUGCAGUUUCGUGAAACCUCUUCUCUCGCGGGUGGUGAAUAAAAAACGCGACUUUUUCCGAUCAAGUGCCGCCCGGAAUGCAAUGAAAAGUGCAUCAAAGUGAGCAUUGUCGCAAGUGUUCUGUAUACUACAAAAUUGAGGAUUAUUUAGUUUUAUCUGGAAUAGUCAAGUAUCAAUUAUUACUGAUUCGCUAACCGCAGCUGUUACCGCGAAUCCGCAUCGCGUGCCGUUCACCGUGGCGUCGUUGUCCGCUGCCGUCGAGGAAAUGGGCGAAGUUGGAGCGGCUGCCGGCGAGCAUCCGCCAUCGCCCAAGGUGGUCAAGGAAAAUGGCGAACUCAACGGUACUGGCGAAGAUGACGAACAACCACCGAGCGGCGCAGUGACGGCCAACACUACCGGACUUAUGAUCGCAAAGGUUACGUCGGGUGCGGAUGCCGUCAAGACCGCGAAACUUCACACAACAGACGUUAGCGAGGGGGGUGGAGGAGGCAGCGAGGUGGACGAGAACUCACAAACUUCUCAGCCGGUAAGCAGUAGCAACGGUCAAACGGAAGGCGAAGGAGAUGAAACUUCGCGGGAUGAGGCCGUUGACGAUGAAACGGAGGAGAGCCGACCCGAGGUGGUUCGAGUGGAUAACGAGAACCAUGAUACUGUAGAGUCGAUGGACGUUGAUGAACAGGAAGCGACUCAUCGCGAGGUAAAAUCGAGAAGUGUCAGUGAAAAUGGAAAUGAUCCAUUGGGCGGAAGUGUUGGGAAUCUUGUGGAUGAAGAUUCGAAGUCCAAAAGUGGCGACGAAGCCAUGGAUGUUGAUGCAUCUACGAAUGGUCACAGCGUUACAGAUAAGACAGAUGAUAACGAUGUGAUUGAUGAUGAUAGUGACAAACCGGUCAGUAUUAACUCGGACUCUGAGAAUGAAGAUGACCCGGUUGAACCUGGUAAAAGUGUAGCGACGGAUAGCAUGGACGGAAAUUCAAAAUCAAACGAUACUAUUUCGAUGUCAAGUAAGUCAAAUGGCGGAACUGCCAAACAAAAUGGCGAUUGUGACGAUGUGACAAUCCUAAGCGAUAAAGAGGAAGACUGUGUUGUGAUUGAUGAUGAAGAUGGCGAUGAUACAUCCAGCAAUUCACCUACUCAGAAGAAGGAUGAAGCAGAGGAUAAUUCUUUAAGGAGAAGCUCCAGAGUACGGAAAAGUACCUUGACGCAAGAUAUUUCCACUAUCGAUGAUGAUGAUGAUAUUGAAGAAAUCAUCGAUGACCCGUUGAAUAUUGCUGCCGCUAAAAAGCCUCGGUUAUCAAUCAAUCAAUCGUUGCAGCAAAAUUCCUUCAAAGGUCAACUUCCAACGACACCGCAAACUCAGAAGUCUCUACUUUCUGGCAGUCAGAACACAAAAGAACCUACUCUGGUUAUAAUCGAUACCAAUUCAUUGAUGAAUCGCACCAUAGGAAGCACUUCUAUCACAUCCAGUCCGAUUACACCAAAGUCCUCGAACAGUUCAUUCUCGGCACUACCCACCGGAAUUUCUCCAAACAGCUCAUUCAAUUCACCCCGGGGCGUCCUGAAUCCGGUGGCUGCUGCGCAUCUUAUUUCGAAAACCAACCCGCCACCUCUAGCCCCUGUCACACCACUGUUACCUGCCCUGACGGACGAUAUGUUUGUCCUAGAGGCGCCGUCCUUCAUUGUUCCUUACAUAUACGAAAAACCGCCACCGGAAAAUCUCCGACAGAUUGUAAGCGAACUGGAAGCCAAAAUCAGAGAAAUGCGCAAGAAACUGGAAGAUUCCGAAAAAGAAGAAGAGAAACCCGAAGAUGAGAACAGUCAAGCUUCAACUGCAAGCGGCGAAAAGAAGUCGUCCGCUAGCGAUCCAGAAGUAGAAUCCGAAACAGAGAAAAAGAAAAAAUCCAAACGGAAAAGAAACAACGACGAUGAUGAUGAUUGGGAUGAACUGGAAACUUCGACGGACGAUGAAGCAUCCGACGAUGAGAACAAGACGAGAGUUCUCAUCAAGGAAGCCAAAUCAGACAUUGAAAUGAUCAAAGAACACAUAAUCACCCCCGCGAAGGAUGAUCUGACCAGUACAAGUACCACUUCUACCGGCAGUAACGCACCGACUGAUCUGAAAAAAUCGGAGAACUAUUUCGAGAACCCGCUGGGGAAGUUUUUCAUGAACAUUGGCAUCAAUAUGGUCCAGGAGUAUGUACAGACUGAUCUGCUGAGGCAGCAGAAGAAAAAACGAGACCGUGAGGGCAAACCCUCCGCCAGCACCCAGAUGGCCAUCAACUCCCUGAUUAAGAAUCUGGAAUUCAGCAAAGAGAACAACCGACCGUUCAAGUUCGAAAUCAAACGCUGCGAGUACUGUCCCUUUAAGUCGGAAUCGGCCCUGGCAAUGGCCCACCACUACGAGACGCCGCACAUGCGCAACUACAUCUACAAGUGUAACUUCUGUUCGUACGAAACCCGCCCCCCGCACGACAUCCUCUACCACAUGGAGGCCAUGCACAACAUCAAGGGUCGCCUGGAGAAGGCAUCGAUGUACCAUGCGUGUCCGAACUGCCCGUUCGAGGACAACGGCAAAUCGAAGCUGGCCCGGCAUGCGGUGGCAUGUGCGAAAAAGUUCCGACCGGAAAUCAACCUCAACCCGCCACUGGACUGGGAACCCCCGGCGAAGAUUCCUCGCAUCAAGCCGAAACAUGGACUCGUGGGAACGGCAACCGCCUAUCAGGCCAUGACAGCACAGCAGCAGAAGAAUCUGGCAAUGGUGAACCAGCGGGUGCAGUCCGUCAACAAUAUCAAUCCGGUCAACAUCAACCAGCUAUCGGCGGCAGCUCAGGCGGCUGCGCUGCGGGCCCGCGGUGGCCGUCCACAGCCACUCACGUCCCAGGCGCCAGUCAGUUCGCUUCGGUCGGCGGGCAACCCUGGCGCGAUGCGUACUUCCAUGUCACCCGGAGGAAUGGUAAUACCCAAUAAUUUCCAGCUCUCGUCAGCGGCAAUCGCCGCUGCGGCUAACAAGUUUUUGCCGACUUCAAACGCCGGUGGACGAUCUCUUCUAAGCAAUACUAAUGCGUCGGUGACUAUUCAGAACUCGAUGGGUCUGAAACCUGGCAUGAAACCCACGCAGCAGCCCAGCAUCUCCAUCACACCCCUACCACGACAAUCGAACGCAACGAAUAUGGCCGUAGCGGGCGCACUGUCCAAACUGCAGGCGGCCGGUACAUCCGCUGUGAAGCCGGGCCAGAGCCCAGCCGGCAACAAGACCGCCUUCGUUGUGUGCGAAAUUUGCGAUGGUUACAUCAAGGAUCUGGACCAGCUGCGCAACCACAUGCAGUGGAUACACAAAGUCAAGAUUCACCCGAAGAUGAUCUACAACCGACCGCCGUUGAAUUGUCAGAAAUGUCAGUAUCGGUUCUUCACCGAUCAAGGUCUGGAACGGCACUUGCUAGGAUCGCAUGGUCUGGUGACGAGUUCCAUGCAGGAGGCCGCCAACAAGGGUAAAGAUGCCGGCCGUUGUCCAGUUUGCGGACGGGUAUACCAAUGGAAGCUUCUGAACCACGUGUCCCGGGAUCACAACAUGACCCUGAAGCCGGCGCACCUCUCGUACAAGUGCACGGUCUGCACGGCCACGUUCGGAAUGUACAAGCAGUUCGAAAGUCACGUAUACUCAGCGCAUAGCACAGUGGCGAAGAAGGCCCUGGACAACAAGAAGCCGGGCGGACCGGCCGGUGGAACCAGCACGACCAUGUCGACGCGGGGUUCGAUGGGCUCGGCAGGCAACGAUACGCUACUGAAGCCGCUCAAGAUCAACGACGAGAUCACGAUCAUACCGCAACCGACGGCAAAGGGUGCUGUGAAGCCGAUGGAAAUCGAAAGUCAUGUCAUAGAUUGAACAUCGCUUCCGUUGAAACCGUAUCGAUAGGGACAGUUUUUUCAUUAAUACCAAUUACCACUUUUCUUCUAUAAUCGGAUGUUAUAUUGUAAACAAAGAAGAAGGACAAAAGCAAGUCUACAAUGUUAAGGCAAACUGGUAAUAAUAAAGCACUAAGCUUGAACUUUCAUUUCCUCUUGUUCACUCCAUCGUUAUCCCACAAAAGACCCCCACCAUCUAGCAUCAUCAUAACAAAGUUCAACCCAUCCUGUUUGUGUUUCAAUUAAUGCUUGCGAAUAUACGUCGAUUUAAAACAAAAACACAAAAUCAAGUUCCUACCGGAUGAUGGCCGCUACUGCAAGCCGUGUGCGGUCGUAAGUGAAACGGGGAUUUUAUCGAGUUCUCCCGAUUCUCUCUGAACCAUUGCACAUUAAUAGACAACGGACUACUUUUUUUUCAAUCCGAGUAAACCUCUCCCCAAAUCUGUAUCAUACAUGCUUGAAGAAAUAGAAAAAUAAGCAAAAUAUAAGUUGAAUAAAUUGAUUACACCUUAUAAUACAACGCUAGUACAUAAUCGCAAAUUUAGUACACUGAAGCGAAUGGCAAGUGGUUUUGUGCAUGAAUCAUUGAGAAAGAAAAGGGUUAUAAAUCAGUAAAAUUACGCAAAAAAAAUAUUUAUAAAUAUUAGACUACGUAAGGCACAUAAGUUAAACGAUAUUUGAGUUCACUCGUGUAGUUAUCAAGGAAAGUUCUGUUCCCCAAGGGAUCGUCCAGAGUGCGGUGAUUAUUACCCGUGUUCAAGUUGUGACCAUCAAAACGCGACGAAAACGGGGAACAGGUUCUAUUCCCGUGUUUUUGUAUAUUUUUGAAACCUUAAAUAACUUAUUUGUUUCGAAGGCAGAGCAACACAAUUAACCCCUACCACUUAAGAUAUAAUGCAACUGUAGUUCAGAGAAAUUUGCAAGAGCAUAGUGAGUAUAUCCCCUAAGUUUAGCUAUUUUUUUUUUCUUAUAGAGAUAUCUAAUUGUAUUAAACGAUACUUGGAAAAAAAGAAACACAAAAGCAGUAAAAAGUUAGAUGCGUUAAGAUUCACAGAAUUUAAAGCAUUACACUAACCUCAUCUGGCUUAGAAGAGAAUUUGGAAAAUUGAAAACAAAAAGAAUGGUGGUAAAUAACAAAUGCCACGAUUCCGACAAGAAUGUUUAAAAUAAGUCGAGAAGUGAAGAAAGAAACACUUUAUAGUCUAAAUAAAAAGCUGAUAAUAAGCAGGA